AUGGAAAAACAGUGGUGUCUGUUUUCUGUUGGCCGAUCGAGACAGCCAGAGCAAUUGACCAUAGUGGUCGAGAUAAGCAAUAUCGUAUUUUCGGCCGUCUUCGCUGUGGAGAUGUUGCUCAAGAUCAUCGCCGAAGGACCGUUUGGUUACAUAAGCAACGGAUUCAACGUUUUCGACGGGGUCGUCGUGGUCCUCAGAAAAGAGAAAAAGGGAGAAUUUUCUGUUGAACGUGAUAGCGUGGUGGAGAUUUGUCAAGCGUUCGUGGAGGAGAGGAGCGGAAGUUCCGGGCUGAGCGUGUUGAGGACCUUCCGGCUACUGCGAAUCCUGAAGCUCGUGCGUUUCCUGCCGAACCUGCGGCGACAGCUGUUCGUGAUGCUGCGCACCAUGGAUAACGUUGCCGUAUUCUUUUCCCUUUUAGUACUUUUCAUCUUUAUAUUC